UUCCUGGGUAGUACUCAACAAAGAAAACGAGCAAUGGCGAUCAAGAACCUUCUUGUUCUUGCAGUUUUUCUGAGCGUUCUUGGAGGUUCAGUUGCUAAUCCGAAGGGUCUUGACCUUAACUACUACAAACACAGGUGUCCGGAUGCAGAAGCCAUUGUCCGUCGUGUCACAGUUCAAUAUGUUUCUCGCCAGACGAGUCUUGCAGCCGCUCUUCUAAGGGUGUAUUUUCAUGAUUGUUUUGUUAGAGGAUGUGAUGGUUCAGUUCUUCUGAAAUCUCCAAACAAGGACGCAGAAAGCGCUAUACCAAACUUGUCUCUUAGAGGCUACGAAGUGGUCGAUGCUGCAAAGUCAGCCCUAGAAAAGAAGUGUCCCGGGGUGGUUUCUUGCGCUGAUGUUCUUGCCUUAGUCGCCAGAGACGCUGUCUUAGUGAUCAACGGACCAUGGUGGCCGGUUCCAUUGGGCCGGAGGGAUGGACGCAUUUCAAGAAAAUCUGAGGUUAAUUUACCAUCCCCAUUCGCCGGAAUAGCUGCACUGAAAAAGAACUUCUUCGACAAGGGUCUUAACACUAAAGACCUUGUCGUUCUGUCAGGGGCUCACACCAUUGGCAUCUCUAACUGCGGUCUCAUAAACAGCCGUAUCUACAACUUCACCGGGAAAGGUGACUUUGACCCUUCGAUGAACCCUAGCUACGUUAGGACAUUGAAGAAAAGGUGCAAGCCAACUGAUUUCAGGACAUCAGUGGAGAUGGACCCAGGCAGUGUCAAGAAGUUUGAUUCUCACUACUUCAACAUUGUAUCUCAAAAGAAGGGUUUGUUCACAUCUGACUCAACACUUCUCGAUGACCCUGAGACCAAAAGGUACAUUGACACACAGGUUGCUACUGCUGGAUCUUCAUUCAACAAAGAUUUCUCCGAGUCAAUGGUUAAACUAGGUUUCGUUGAAAUUCUCACCGGGAACAAGGGAGAGAUCAGGAGGAAAUGUGCCUUCGUAAACUGAGUUUCAUCAAAGCUUUCUCUCUUUCUUUGGAUUGUGGAUUCAACAUUGUUCCAACUGUUCUUUCUUUUGGAUGUUUUUCCUUUCCUUCAAGUCUGUUUUCAGACAAGAGUA